UAAGUGCACGGUUCAGGAAGGGUGACAUUAUAACAGCUCCUGCAACCUUUGAACAGCAAGUGUCUUUGUUUUGUUCCAAAGGAGCGGGAGAGGAAGACACAAAAAUAAGUCAGGACCUGGAGACAUACACCUGCUCUGUCAGUUAGAUUCUACAGGUUUUGUCUUAGGACAGAGAGAUGGGUCAGUGGAGCUGCAACAUCUUUGCAGUGGCUCUGCUCAUUGAGAUCUUUAUCAGAGAUGCAUAUACCAUUGCUGUAUUUGAAGAUGGCGACCACAAAGGCUCCAAGAGACACCUUCUGAUGGAGUUGGAACAACUCGAAAAUAAGAGUAGCAGUAACAAUACUGUCAUGGAAACUGAAACAGGCCCAACCCCAAAGUCUCUGGAAUGGUCCUAUCUGGCAGGAGCACUCGGCACAGUCCUCACCAUCUCCCUCCUCAUCGUGAUGGUGGUGAAGUUUCGCCUCUUCCAUCGCUUCCUGGCCAGCUAUAGACACUCCCUCCUCCAGGAGACUGAUGGAGUCAGCCAGUAUGGUCAAGAGGAGGUGUCUUAUCCAAACAGCGUGUCGGGCCGAAUGGGAGUGAUUGGAGGGACCCAGGGUGAGCCAGAUGACGACGACGACGGCUUCAUUGAGGAUAACUACAUCCAGGCCAGCGAGAAAGACAGAGCAGAUAGAGACAGAGAGGAGGAGGUGCAGAUGGACACGGAGGACACGGAGGACAGUGACGAUGACCUUCAGUUCACUAUAGGGUGAUUAGAUGAACUCAAAAACAGUUUAAAGCUACAAUUUUAAAACCAAAAACCCUUACAGAGAGGUUUUGAUUGACAGUGAAGCAGGAAUGCCAAAACUUUCUGGCUUGUGACCCCUGAAAAUUAAAGACAUAACUACAAACAUGAUAACACAAUGGCAAAGUGUAAAGAAAAGUCAAAUAAGGGAAACAAAAUUUGUUUAUCAGAAUUUCUUUUUUCUUUUUGACUGUUGUAAUUACUUAUUUUCUGAUAAGAUUUAUCUCAUGACCUCUUGAAAGGGUUCCAACCCUUAGCUUGGAAACUGCUGAAAGUGCACAGUAGGUGUUUGAUGAAGGGAAAAUGUGAAAGAGCCAAUGUUUCUUUUAUGAAACAUAUAGAUCAAUGUAGUGAGGGGAAAAAGCAGAGUUAUUUGAAUACUGGAUUAGAGCCAUGGAAACUCCGUUAGACUGAGACAAGCAAUGCUUUUAGUCGCACUGGAUUACGAUACAUUUAAAGCGACGAUGAGGGUAUUUCAAUACAGCAAUUCUGCGAUACAUGACACAUUGCAAGAUAAUCAGUUACAAUACAUCAUAUCUAUGUAACUGAAGAAAGAAAAAUAAUUGGAAUUUGACAUAUCAAAUACGUUUAGAGACAAAAUGUUUUUAAAAAUUGCUCUUUGAUCUACUUGCAGCACAUUUUUUUUGUGCAUCAAAUAUUGAGGCUGUGUUUGAAUCACAAUGUCUCAGGAGCUGUUAAAGAUAAAAGUCUGAGGUGUUUACUGGUAUUUCUCAUCAUGUCCCUGAUUUUGGAUCUGCAGUGUUGGUCAAUUAGUGUCUAAUUAUGUUCAAGUAGAAUUUUUUAAAAAUUCAAGCCAUCAUUAAAUGUCCAAUCUUUAAGCUCACAUUCACACAAAAAAUGAUAAUAAAAGCAAAAUAUAGAAUACUUUUUAAUAUGAAAACUCCAAAAUAUUGCUAGAUAGCACAGUAAAUAUAACUAGUAUUCUUCAGCACUGAUUUUCUAUAUAUUUUUUUUAAUGUGUGCUCAAACAUACAACUUUUUGAGACAUCUUCAGUUUUCAUAUUUCAGCUCAUUCAUAAUCAGAGAUGAUUCGAUCUACUUGUCUGAUAUUGCAGCUAUUUCAUUUUCUGAAUCAGUGGCAUGAUGAAAAAUAAAUGGAUUAAAUGAAAAUAAUUUCAUGCUUUUAUUAGUUUCCAAGAUAUUGUCAUUCAAACAUAAAAUUCAGUUUCAACGUGUGAAAAAUGCAGUCGGUUGACAGACAAUUGUCAAAAACCUUUAUCUCUAAAUAUUUGAUAUACCACUCUGAAAUUUAACAGAUACCGUUUCAAAUAUCCAUAGUUGCUGUUUAAAAAGUUUCAAGCAGAUUAGAAGACUCUGAUGAUUUGAGAUGAACAGACCCAGGUUGCACCAUUAGAAGCUCUGAAGAAGAGACCGUGGCGAGUUAAUGCAUGUUUUAAAAAAAUGUUGAUGUUUGGUUCCAGUGUAUCAAUAAUGUGUCACAAGAAGAAAUCAUACAGUGUAUUGCAGUGUCGAUAAUUUGUGCCACCUCUACACCUCAAGAUGAGUAUGUGUUAUAAGUAUUACAUUUUUGCUCCACUUGGUUUACUUCACAACUGUCUAUAUUUACAUCAACUGAUGAUGCUGCCUGUCAGAAUCUCUACUUCUUCCUUUUAUACUGUGUAGAAACUGUUAAAGCUGAAAUUCACAAUAGUUUUUAAUUAACAUAUUGUUUAUAAAUCCAACUGUAUGCAAAGUGGAACAGAAUACAAUAAUUACAUAUUUAAAAAGAAGGAAAUUGAUGCUGUCUUCCUAAAUGAGAAAAUCUGAUUGCACUUAACAAUCACUUGAGUAUUCACAUUUGCAUUCCCUGAUUGGCUGAUUAUAUUUGAGCUCCAUCAUCCUUGUUGCAUUCUGAAUGUUUGCGUGUAUAGUCUGAACUGAUUUUUGUAAACAUACACGUCAUAAAUAAAUUCAUUCUUUUUAAA